CCACUGGUGACAUGGCCAUUCCCACCCCUAACCACACAAGGCUCAGCGCUAGCGUUCCUCGCGCCCGCGCCGCCCCGAUCGGAGACAAGGAAGCAUGGACGCGGCCGUCUCGAAUCCGUCGUCGAUCAAGAGGAUCGCGCUGGUCACCGGGGGGAACAAGGGGAUCGGGCUGGAGACGUGCCGGCAGCUGGCGACCAGGGGGCUCAAGGUCGUCCUGACGGCGAGGAACGAGGCGAGGGGGCUGGAGGCGGUCGAGGCCAUCAGGCGCUCCAGCGGCGCCGCCGCCGCCGCCGAGGUUUUCUUCCACCAGCUGGACGUCACCGACCCCUCCAGCGCCGCCCGGCUGGCGGAUUUCGUCAGGGGCCAGUUCGGGAGGCUUGACAUCCUGAUCAAUAAUGCUGGGAUUUCAGGUGUUGACCGAGAUCCAAUUUUGUUUGCCAAAGUCAAGGAUCAGGUUGAAGGCAUGGAUGUGAACCAGAGAGUUGAGUGGAUGACAGAAAAUUCAAAAGAGACAUACGAGGAAGCUAAACAAUGUAUGAGGACGAACUACUAUGGUGCCAAGAUUGUCACGGAGGCACUACUUCCCCUUCUUCAGUUAUCCUCUUCCGGAAGGAUUGUCAAUGUUUCGUCAGGCUUUGGGCUGCUGAGAAACUUCAACAGUGAAGAACUUAGGAAGGAGUUUGAUGACAUUGACAAUCUUACUGAAAAGAGACUGGAAGAACUGUUGGAUUUGUUCCUAGAAGAUUUUAAGGCCAACUUAUUAGAGGCACAUGGGUGGCCAACAGGUGGAUCUUCAGCCUACAAAGUUGCCAAAGCAGCCCUUAAUGCAUACACAAGGAUUCUUGCUAAGAAGUAUCCUACACUGCGUAUCAACUGUCUGACACCUGGUUAUGUCAAGACCGAUAUUUGUAUGCACAUGGGAGUAUUGACACUUGAAGAGGGUGCUCGCAACCCUGUAAAAGUCGCUCUCUUGCCUGACGAUGGCCCAACCGGUGCUUAUUUUGAUCUGAAUGGGGAGGCGCCCUUUGUGUGCCUGCCCAAAGAGCACGCCAGACUAACCAGACAAAGUCAUCUCCUAGCGCCUUGUUGGAGCAGAGCUCGUGGGGGCACGCUCAUGGAGGGAUCCAUCUCCAAUUCCCCAAGCACAAGGAUUGCUGUGGUCACCGGUGGUAACAAAGGGAUUGGGCUAGAGGUGUGCCGGCAGCUGGCUGGGAAUGGUGUCACCGUCGUCUUAACGGCUAGGGACGAGACGAGGGGCGCAGCCGCCGUCAAGAAGCUCAGAGAACUGGGGCUUUCCAAUGUCAUUUUCCACCAGUUGGACAUCACGGAUGCAUCAAGCAUUGGUAGGUUAGCCGACUUCUUGAAGACCCGUUUUGGGAGGCUAGACAUCCUGGUAAAUAUUGCUGCAUUUGGAGGUGUUGAGUACGCCCUGGAUCCUGCUUACGCAUCAGUAAUCAGAGAUGAAGAGCUGAGGGGUAUGGAUAGGGACCAGAGGCUUGAAUGGUUGUGGAGAAACAGCAGGGAGACUUACGACGCUGCAAAGAAAGGCCUGCAGACAAACUACUACGGCACAAAACAUGUGAUCGAAGCCUUUCUGCCUCUUCUGCAAGCCUCCUCCGUUGGAAGGAUCGUUAAUGUUUCAUCCGACUUUGGGCUACUUAGGUUUUUCAGGAACGAGGAGCUGAAGCAGGAACUGAACGAUGUCGGCAGCCUCACCGAGGAGAGGCUGGACGAGCUGCUGGACAUGUUCCUGAACGACUUUGAGGCCGGCAAGGUAGACGCGCGCGGGUGGCCGGCAGCAUUCGCGGCGUACAAGGUGGCCAAGGCGGCCAUGAACUCGUACUCGAGGAUCCUGGCGGCGAGGCAACUCGCGCUGCGCGUCAACUGCGUGCACCCCGGCUACAUCAAGACGGACCUGACUGCACACUCGGGGCUCCUGACGCCCGAGGAAGGCGGGCGCAGGGUGGUGAAGGUGGCGCUGCUGCCGGAAGGCGGGGUCACCGGCGCCUUCUUCGAAGACGGCGAGGAGGCGUCGUUCGUGUGACGACUUGUGGUGUCUGGUGAGGCGCUUGUGGUCUGGCUGGCGUUCAGAUUCAGAUUAAGGACGAGAGCUGGUGUUCAGAUUCAGAAUAAGGACGAGAGCUGGUGUCUGGUGUGUGGAUUACUGCUGAGCUGCGUACAAAUCUGAAAUUGAAAUGUUAAGUACAUGUGUAAGCCAAUGAAUCGCAUAUCACA